ACUCUAUUGGGCCGGUUAACCCAGCAACCCACUAUGCCAUGCUGGUGUUGUGUGUUUAUAUAUCACAAUUGUUUUUAGGGUUUCUAAUAUUGGAUAAGACGCGUUUUCUCAGAGAUCGUUGUCUUCUUCACCUUGGCGUCUAUUGAUUUUGUAUUUUCAGCGGUGCUCUUCUCUGCCCUGUUGGAGUUUAAAGCAAAGUUUCCAGCAGCAACUAAUCCUAAUCUCAUCUCCAAAGUUUCCAGCAGCAAUCUCAUCUCCAAUGGAAGUCUCAAAAAGUGAGCGCAUAUUGGGAAAUCCUUAUGUAUAUGUUGGGGAGAUCUCAAAAAUGUUGAGUAUACUAGGACAACCUUUUGUAUUCUCCCAUACGGAAAACAUCGGCGACUUAUUGCUCCCUAGGAAGUGUAGCUCGAAGGAGGUGUUCCGUGCUAUGUCUAUGGCCUAUCACAAUGCUUUUAAUGCUCGUUUCGAGGUUUUAGCUUCAGUGAAGAUUGAAGAGUUGGAGUCCAUGGAAAAAACAAGAGGUAAAAUGAAAGACACAUUGAAAUGGAUGGCAGCUACUUAUAUAGGCCAAAUAGCUGAUAAGAGAAGAGAUGACAAGUAUGAGAGUUACAAGAAAAACAUAACGAGCUCUCAUGAUAUAGGUAUAGGUGAGAAGGAGAGUUCCAACGAAACAAGACAGAAGAACUCUCAUGAUAGAGGUGAGAAGGAGAGUUCCAUGAAAAAGAGAAAGAAGAAAUCUCAUGAUAGAGAUCAGAAGGAGAGUUCCAUGAAAAAGAGAAAGAAGAAAUCUCAUGAUAGAGAUCAGAAGGAGAGUUCCAUGAAAAAGAGAAAGAAGAACAGGAAGUAUUGAAAUAGAGAGAAAGAAGCUGGAGGAAAUUGGCAUUAGAGAAUCCUAAUCCUUUUGGUUGUGGGGGAGGGAAUUCCAACGUUCGAUUAUGUGUAGUAAUUUCUAAAUGUUUGUUAUUGUGUUAAUUUUCAGUAGCGUAAACUAAUUCUGAUAUUUAUUAUCACUACAUGUGUGUUGAGGUUCCAAAAAAGUGAAUAUUUAAUUUUUAUUGAAUA